ACCCUUAUGAAAAUCUAAAAAAAAUCCCCUGGCAACCGUCGGUAAACCAGAUCCCCCGAUGGAAAAAUACACACUCACACAUAAUAAGGCACAGCUCGUUACGGCUUUCGACACAUCGAAAAAGCGCGCGUUCCGCUGGCUGCACCCCCGGCGGCCGCACGCGUCUCGCAUCCUGUGCCGGUGCGCUGCACGCAGAGAAGAACGAACGCAAGGAAGGCAGCUCCUGGAGGGGCGCGAGACCACUCGGCUUUUCGCUGAGAGACUUUCCAGCUCAGUUCGACACGCGCUCGCGGCCAAAAUGCCCAACGAAGUCUUUCCAAGGCUUUACUCUGACGAAUUCAGUCAAUUUACUCGCUCGUGUGAUCGUGCUUAACCAGAAGCAUAUUUAUCUGAAUGCGAGUGAUUUUAGCAGUGAGUGUUUGGGUAUACACAGCAGGUAUCGAGGUAUCCGGCUUUUCACGUUUGGUUUGACGCGCACCGCCGCCGGUUUUGAUACAGCGCUUCCGGGGCUGGUGCAUCGCUGCCGCGAAGACCGACCGCUGAUUCACAACUUAUAUGGAAAUGUAGCGUCCCGUUUCUGGGCGAGCGAGUAAGAAGUGGAGAAAGCAAGCGCAAAGGAGCGAGCGAUUAUGCACGAUGGGUGAGCCACCCGAGGGUGGAGGCUCGCCGAAGUUGUGGCUUGGCGCCUUGUUGCUGGCGCUUCUGCUUCUGUGGCCGAGUACCACUGGCGCCCAGGAGUAUGGUUGUCCACCGCAGGAGAAGAUCCUGCCCUGCAGGUGCUCGACCCGCGACAUGGAGUUUCAGAUAUGGUGUAGCCACAGCGAGCUGCCCCGGGUCCUCGAGGGUCUCAAGGCGGUUAGUCGCUACGUCAGCCACCCGGUGGACGAGCUUAUCCUCGAGAACAACAACCUGCCGAGUCUACCGGGCCACGUGUUCGCCAGUCUUCGCGUCCUGAGACUGAUGCUCCGAAACAAUCGGCUCGAGCGUGUCUCUUCUGGCUGGCUCGAGGGUCUGCACGAUUCUCUGCUGGAGCUGUUUCUCGUGGAGCCGGAUCUGAGGUCUCUGCCCAUCGACAGCUUGGAGAACCUACAGGGACUCGAGGCCGUGACGCUGCAGAGUAAACUCAUGAAACGUUUGCCUAGUUUCAGCGGUCUCUCGAAGCUCCGCUACCUGCAGAUAAAUUCCCCGGGUCUGCUCGAGUUGACCCCGCGCAACUUCCGCGAUCUGCCUUCUCUCGAGCAGUUGCACGUCUUUGGCAGCCCAAAGCUGGCGCGGCUCGAAGCAGGUCUCCUGCGCGACCUGCCUCGGUUGCAGCUGAUCAACGUCAGCGACUGUGGCCUGCACUGGAUGCAUCCUCGCGCCCUUAUCAACCUGUCUGAGCUGAAGGAGAUCGCUUUCGUUGGAAACUCGAUACAGGACGCCACGAUGGUGGGAAGAGCUCUGAUGGAUCUUCCAUCUGUUUCGGUGCUACAGCUGGAUAGGAACAGGAUCGUCAGACUAGGCGAAGGCUCGUUCGUGGAUCUGCCGAUUCUGGCAAGACUGUCUAUGAGCUUUAACAGAAUCACCGAAAUAUUUCCAGGUGCCUUCCAACGCGUGCCGCAGUUGCGCACCUUGAAUCUGAACCACAACCGCAUCCAUCGUAUCCACCCCGAGUUCUUCCCUCAGCGCAGUCGCGAGGGUAAUGGCCUCGAGGAGAUCUGGCUGAUGGACAACGACAUCAGCCACGUCUCCGAGAUUCGCUCGGUUCUCGAGGCCCUGCCGAGACUCAAGUUCCUCGAGGCCAGUUUCAACCAGAUCCAGGAAAUACAGUAUGGAGCCCUCAGAGGACACUCCAGUCUCGAGAGACUGCAUCUCGACUACAACAGGCUAAGCUUCUUGCAGAGGGACGUCUUUGGGGGUAUGCCGGCGCUGAGGGAACUCAGGCUCAGGAACAACUCGUUAACCAAUUCGCCAGACGCGCCUUUCUGGGAUCUGCCAGCCUUGAAGGGCUUGGAUUUAUCGGGAAAUUUUUUCCGUCAUAUCGAACCACGUUUAUUGGCUAACUUGCCAAGUCUGCGGCGGCUCGAUUUGAGCGAAAAUGCAAUCGCGCUAGUGGAGCCCGAUGCCUUUCUGAACUCGCCGGCCUUGGAGCACGUGAACAUGUCAGGAAAUGCUCUCUCCGUACUUCACCCGAUGACGUUCCGGCAUUUGACCAAUUUGUACGAGCUCGACGUUGGCUGGAAUCGCUUGCUCGAAAUAAUUCCCGGCUUGCCGCGCAACAUAGAGCAUCUGCAUCUACCGAUGAACCGCAUAGUUGCCCUUCCCACGUCCCUCAGUUCCGACUCCUUAGCGCUUCCUCUUUUGCGUUCUCUGGACCUGAGCGCCAACGGUAUCGAGCACAUUCCAGCAGGUGCCUUGUCCGGCCUUCCGAGCUUGCGCAAGCUUAAUUUGGGCUUCAACGCGCUGACCGCUGUCGAGGACGGCUGCUUCGAGGGUCUCACCAGACUCGAGCAGCUCGACCUCAAGUACAAUAGAAUUGGACAACUGCAGGGACGAUGCUUCCGACCGUUAAGGAGUUUGCUGGAUCUGAGCUUGAGAGGAAACAGACUGGAGGUCAUCAGGCCCGAUGUCUUCCAGGAUAACAUGAGAUUGCAGAAACUAGAUAUCAGCAGGAAUAAUCUGGCGCAGAUUCCGCAUGCCACCUUCACGUUCACAAGAGAGCUUCGCGAGCUUUACGCGUCGCACAACGCUCUGCCGGAACUGCCAAGUUCGUUGCACGGGCUCGAGCAGCUGCAGAUCCUGGACUUGAGCUUCAACCAACUUCAAGCUCUGGCACCAGAGACUUUGAGCAGUCUCACGAACUUACUGGAGCUCAAGUUGGUGCGAAACAGGAUACGAGAGCUGCGGGAGGGUGCCUUCGAUCGACUUCCUCGACUGGCUCUCGUCGAUCUGGAGAACAACGACCUGGCUCUGGUGGAACGCAACGCUGUCAGGGCGUUGCCCGAGCUGCAGGCGCUCAGGCUCGGCAAGAAUCGUAUCCAGAUGAUCCCCAGUGGCGCGUUUUCGGAGCUUCCGAUGCUGCAGAGUGCCGAGCUCCAAGAGAACCGGAUCCACGAGAUCGCCGGAAACGCUUUCAUCAACGUGCCUCACUUGCUCUUCCUGAAUCUCAGCCACAAUCUCCUGACCAGCCUCGAGCACAUGGGUCUCGAGAGCUUGAGAUCUCUCGAGGUCCUCGAUCUCAGCGACAACCGCAUCACUCGUGUCUCCAGCGAGAGUCUGGCUGCCAUGGAGUGGCUCGUCGAGCUCAAGAUGGACAACAAUCGGAUCUGCGCGAUCCAGGGCUCGCCGUUCGACGACAUGCCCAGACUUAGGGUACUGAGUUUGAGGAGCAACAGGAUGGCUUCCGUCUCGGAGAAUGCUUUCAAGAGACUUAGAUCCAACAUCGCCGUGUUGGAUAUCGACGGCAACCCACUGUCUUGUUCCUGUGGGAUGCUGUGGCUGCGAGGUUGGCUUCAGCAAGCUUCUACCGAGGGUCCACGUUGCGCGGACGGCUCUCUCUUCAAGGAGAUCAGAUUGUCCAAGCAGGACUGCCAGCGAGAGCGGCAGCUUGAGCCAGUGCAUCCGGGUUGCGAGUCUGAGGGAAUCGUCGGUAUGGCGUCUUCGUCCAGUUCGCCCUAUCCAGCGCAAAACACAGAUUCCCAGCAUCAAUCUUGGAUGAAUAUAAAGAAUCCGUCGCGACUGCCCGCAGACUCCGAUUACGCCUACGACGACUACGAGGACUAUCCCCAGGAGUCGAGUAACUCGAGCGGCGGUGACCUUUCCAAUUUGCUGCAGAGUAACAGUCUGGCGUCUCUGCCGCCGCCGUCGAUGUCAUCAGUGGUCAUCGUCACACCUCAAGCUAUCGGCCAGAACGUCGAGGUUUCGAGGACUCCGAGUCCGUCCAAGAGUCUCAAUGGGAAGAACAAUACUGUGCCAGGGAAGAGAAAUCCUGGUAUACCACCUUCGCCCAGCAGUUCCGGGUUCACGUUCUUCGGAGUGCCGCUACCCAGUCUCAGCUUCAGUCUUUGGGGUAACACCGGCAAGAAGGCAGACCGCAAAGAUGACCACACCGGUAGCCCAACCUCGAGCUCUACCGCUUCCGCGUCUUCCUUCCCCUCGAGUUCGAAUUCGCCCUUAUCGUCAGCUCGACCAGGCCGAGGACGUUACCGCAACUUCCCACCAACGGAGCCGGAGAUUCACCGCGGAGGCUUUGUUCCCCUGCCUCGAGGCCAGGGUGGUUUCGUGCCCAUCAUAGACCCUCGCAUCGAGCAGCAGCGACUCGCUAAUAACGCCUCCAAAAGAUUUAACAAGGAAAACGAGAGUGGCAGUAAAGUGCUGCACGAACGCAAGAAUAUCAAGACCACGAAUUACACCCUGGGCAAAGUGGAGAGGACAACUGGACCGCUCACUACCGGUGUGAACCACUCGAAUUCGAAGAGCACCAGACCGCGUAACCCGAUCCGAGACCGCGAGGAGCAGCUCGCAAAGUCCCCCACGAGUUACAUCCACAAAGUUCCAAAGAACUCGACUACGACAUCCACGACCACGGCCAGCACUUCAACGGCUCGCGAUUCUUUCGUCGAGGCAGACGAGACGCUGGUCUCAACCGAAUUCUACAGUACUCGUGACAGCGAGGAAAGCGUCGAUAAGGGCAGUUCAGAAAUGGCAAGCAGAAUCGUCUGGACAACGCCCAAAUCGAAAAACAACGGUACCACAAGUAGAACCACUACCAGUACCAUGAUGAAGGAGACCGUCACUGCUGCAGUUGAGGUCUUUCCGUCCAAGAGGAUGAGCAGCGGUACGAAGGAUGCUGGAGAGAAACAGAAGAUUACGAGCAGCACGACGAUUAUGAAUUUCGUGACUCCGGAAAUCAUCACAACGGAAAAUGCAAAUAUUAUGCAAGAGAUACCAAUGGAACAACCCCACACGACACUGAAAACUCUACAUGUGCAAACCCCGGAAAGCUCGAGUUCGGUACCCCAAGUGUCUCGAAGUAUGGAGGCAUCAGCCCUUUCGGCAUUGUUGGUACCGGGCGGUCAGAUUCCUCCCGUCGCCGUGUCGGGUAGUAACAUCCGUCCACUCGGUCGUCCGACCAUCACCAAAGUGCCGUCUCCUUACUUCGAUCCAAACGGCGGUGAAGUUGACAUCGAGCAGGACAAAGUGACGAACGAGAAGGUGGACAAGUUGCUGUCGAAGGAAGACAACCAUCUGAGCGGCUCGUCCCUCGACGAGGCCGUCAAACUCAUCGAGGAUAGCGACUUCAACUGGUACUUCCAGCAUUACAACGACACGGAUCUGGAGCCUUACGUGGGAAUCGUUUACGGAGGCAGUCUGGCGUCUUCGUCGGGAUGCGUCUGGCGAUUUACCAUCCUGUGCAUGCCGUCUUAUUAUCUGAUUCGAUACUUUUUUUGAGACUCGGCACUGAAGUUUUUGAGGAUCAAGUGUGUUGAAGCUUUGUUGGUCGGUAGCUUGUAGACAAAGCAAUUUGAAAAACUAUAAUAGAAAAGAUUUGAAGCAACCUGGUGCGACUGCAGUAACAAUAAAUUAAAGAGGCUUUAAUAUUUAUUUCCAAAGACGAAUGAACCAAAUGAAUUCAAUUAGCUGGAUGUGAGUUGCAAAAUUUUACUGAUUAUCCGGUCUCUCAUCAUUACAUAAUCAAACAUUAUAGAUAUCAGUCUAUUAGAAACAGGCAAAAGUUUUGCAGUGAAAUACUAGUUGUAGAUUUUAGUAUAAAUCAUUGAUUGGUUGCAAUUUUCACUGCAGGUAUACAUUUUUGUUAAAGUAUUAUCAGCUGUAAUAUAAACUUUUAAAAGUAAGUAUGUUAUUGUUUUAUUAACAAGUUUAGUGCACUGAUUAGAAAAAAACUUUUAUUAAUAGCAUUAUGUUCUUGGAAAAUUCAAACACUAAUAAAUAGAAGUAAUUAUGAACUACAAAAUUCUUACUGCACUAUACACGUUAAUCAAAUUAAGAAGAUAAAAAAUUUAAUAGAUGUUUUUUUUUUCAAGCGGUUGCAAAAUUCUAGUUGAGUAUAGUAUUUUAUCAGUGUAAGAUUUCACAUCGUUAUUUUAACGAUGAAAUUGCUUUGCAUGUUUCAUUAUAUUUUGUAAAAUAUAAAAAUGCUUUCUUUCUGAAAAUUAUUUUAAAUCAAGGGUCGAAUUAUCGAUUCUCCCUUGUAAAUGUGUUAAAUAAAAGAAAAUUAUAAUAAAGAAACAAAGUGGCGAUUUCAAAAUACAUAUUAAUCUCCUUUACUUAUGUGAGCACAAAAAACCGUUUUACCGUUUAAAACAAGUCUUCUUCAUUUUAGUAUAAUAUAAUAGUGAAUAUUAGUUUCGCAGAAUACUUAUUUCUACAGCGAAAAUCUUCCAAUAUUUCCAUCCAAUAAAUUGCUCGAAGAUUAAUCGUGCAGUAGGGUUUUUGCAUUCAGGGAUACACUGCAUAUAACACAGCUUUUAAAAAACAACGUUGAUCUGUACAAAUAUUGUGACGAGACUUAAUUCUAUAUCCACCUGGUUUGCACAGUCGAAUUUAUAGUUAGCAGUACUUAAAGGUGUGCAAAUCAUGCGAAAAA